GUAUAAAACCCGCCAGGACCAUUGGGGAGGUUCUCACUACUCACAUCUCUGUCUCUAGCGCUGAUUCAGAAGCUCGGUAAGAUGAAGACUGCUCUGUUGUUCCUGGCCUGCAUCACUGUGGCCUCGGCCCAGUUCUGGCACCCGCUGGCCCCCUGUACCGGCGAUCACGAGUGCCCCCCGCUGGGCUACUGCUGCCGCUACAGCACUGUUCUGCUGUUCCAACUGUGCGAGUUGAGGCCUGCCGAGGGGUGGCCGUGUGACCCUACCGGCGUGUCCUCCUGUCCCUGCCAUGACGGUCACAUCUGCCAACAGGACGCCGUCACUACCGAGUGGACCUGCCAGAAGGAGAUGGAAAUGGCUUAAAGAUCACCUCAGCGCGCUUAAAACCUCCAUGCAGACCCUCCAAACUCUGACUAGAUACAUAAAGGUCUUGUAGUGAUGGGGAGCCCCAAAUCUUAUGUUAUUUGGGGGCACAGUUGAUUAACGAUCCACAAUAGUGUGUGUCUCUCUUUGCCUGAGUAAAGUACCUCAACAUUACAAGCCUCUCGAUGUAUGUCCCACUGGUCAGAUCUUUGGAUGGGAUCAAUGUAAAAAUAAAGCGACAUGAACAUACGGUUA